AUGAACAACAAGAUGGGUUCUGCACUUUCAUAUCUGAACCGGCUACUUCCAUUUGCCACACCCGGGACGCCUCUCCUGCAGGAUAUUCUGCAUCUUGCUGCAAUAUGUGGUGCUCUGUACUUCGCGCCACAGCUUCAGGAAUGGUAUCGUGGUCGAGCAAAAACACCACAGCCAGAAGAUAUCCGAGAGGUACCGGAUGCCAAUAGUGAUGUCGGCCAGGACGUGAACGAUGCUGUUGAAGCAGAACAAAUGGACAAUCCUGAUGAAGCACGUCAACCCGAAUCAGACAACGGAUCUGACGACGAAGAAGAGACCGAUGUGGACGGCCAAGACCGAGACCAGGAGAACAUCCAACCCCCAGCCCAACCAGGCCCCGCGCGCGACAACGACCUCCCAAAUCAAAGAAACGUUGGGGCAAAAAAGGCAAAAGCUCUCGCGCGUCGGGACCAAAGAAGAGCUUACCAUGAAUUCCAGCGAGCUCAAGGAGAUGCUCAGCGCGCAGCCGAUGCCGAAGGUGCUGCGGAACGGGAGGCUGGUCUCGCGAAAGAACGCGAGCGGAGACAAGCUGCAGAGGCCGCCGUGGAGGCGAAGAAAGCCAAGGAGCGUGAGACCAAGAAAGCCGCGGAGCAGAGAGAGUGGGAGGAGGAACUUCAGCGGCGGGAAAGCGCUGUUAGGAUCGUGAGGGAGGAGUUGGAGGGAAUGAGGAUGAGUGAUUUGGAUCGGGUGGCUAGGCGCGUAGGUACUGAUGUGGAUGCUGAGUGGGUUGAGCGGAUCGCUACGGCUGCUGGUUUGCUUGGAAGGAGGCAAGAUGUAACGACUAUGGUGACUAGUACUGGUUGGGCUGUGCGGGUUUCUGCGGAUGACAUGCAGAGUGUCUACCAGCAGGCACUCAAUAUCACAGGUGGCGGAGUGGAUGGCAAGAUUGAUUUUGAGGAGUUGGGCAGCAUGCUCGAGGCACGAUUGAGACAGAGCGUGGCAACGUGA